AUGGAAAGAGGACUGGCAAGUGAAACGAUGAACAUUCAAGAGACACAAUGUUCUCAGAAAUUCAUCUUCAACCCCAUUCCACCACACUCUAUUGAAUUUCUUCCAAAUGAGGAGCUGAUGCGACAAGUGACUUCAGGGCUGGGAGAAAUACAAAUUGGUUUGAAAACAGACCAUACAAAGAGUACUUUUCAAGUGAAAUCUGAAACUGAAGCUUUAAAGAAAGAAAAGCUGAUAGUAACGACUAAAACCUCUACAGGAAAACUCAAUCAUGAUCCAAGGGAUGUUAUAGACGUUCAAAUCAAGCCUGAAGAAAAUGUGAAAAUAGAAAAGAAAUAUGUGAGAACUGAUGGUAAAAUAGAAGUUGAAUUCAUCGCAGAAGUAGCUGGUCAGUUGACAGCAGAGGUUCAAGUGAAUGGGAAUCAUGUAUCUAACAGUCCACUAGUGGUGAAUGUCAAGCCACAAGGGAUGAGAAUAACAGGACAGUUUAACAUGAAAGGUGUGAAUAUAGGAUCUAGUUGUUUAACAGGUAUAGCAGUAAACAGAGACAAUAGUAGGAUCGCUAUUGCCAAUUGGUCUUCUCGCUCUGUCCAUGUAUUCACCACUGAUGGAAAUCUCUUACUGACGUAUGGUAGUCUAGGUAGAGCACAGGGACAGUUGCCUGGUCCUGAAGGUUUAGCAUUUCUGAAUGAUACAGAUUUAGUCAUAGCAGACUGUGAAAAAACAUUUGGUAACCAAGGUAACGGUGAUGGACAGUUUGGUAAUCCAUAUGGAGUACACAUUGAUGACGAUGGUAACAUCAUUGUGUGUGAUAUUGAUAAUCAACGUGUUCAAGUCUUCACAAGAGACGGUGACUAUCAAUAUCAGUUUGGUUUGACAACACAGGACACGUUUGAUCCAUUUGAUGUGAUAACACAUGAUGGACUGUUUUACGUCAGUGAUUGUAAUAAUCACGUCAUUCAUGUAUUUGAGAAGAAAGGUAACGUACCGACUAGAAUAUCAACGAUUGGUGGACUAGGCAGUGCUGAUGGUCAGCUGAAUAGACCAUGUGGCCUGGCUAUUGAUAAUGACCAUCAUCUACUGGUGUGUGAUAAUGGUAAUAAUCGCGUACAAAAAUUCACAUUGGAUGGUCGUUUUGUAGGAAGGACUUGUGAUGUAAUCAAGAGCCCUCAAUAUAUAACUGUUUUAAGGGAUGGUCAGUUAUUAGUUGGUACGUUGGAGUCUGGUGUCUGGUAUGUAAAGUAGAAUGGACUUUUAUCACCCAUCACGUGAUUAAAAGUCGUGCUUCAUUGUGAUUGGGUAAUAUUUCAUGGAGGGCAAAACAAAACUCUAUUUGCUAACUGGUACAACAAGAUCGCUUACGAAUUCUUUUAUUCCAGUCUUAAAAACCGACAAAAAAGUACAGAGUGUUUUUGCAUCAAAAUCUAAAAAAGAAAAAGAAAAAAAGAAGAAGAAGAAAAAUUACAAUUCUCUUUUUUUAAAGGAAAAACGUUUUUAUUUUACAUAUAUAUAUUUCAUAUUAUUAUCUCUUUUUUUCACAUGGGUGCAAUGAAUAAUAUAUUUUCUUAUAUACAUUUAUAUCUGAAUAUCAGAAGCUAGCUGAUUUUCAUUGCUCCCAUCCCGCGUCUACUACACGGACAAGUUUUCCUUCACAAAUUUUCCUUGAAAACGAACUAAAACUUUUCGUGUAGAUGGAGAAAAUGUUCAGAACUGGUAUGCUGGUUUUGAAAUUUGCUGUUGUAAAGGACAACAAAAUUCAGCUUGUGUAAACAAUUUGCUCUUUUAAACGACAAAAUUGUUAAUGCAAGAGUCUGUUACCUAUAGUUUUUUGCUCCAUCUGAAAAUGGCUCGAAAGGAGACUGGACCUUAUUUUUGUGUUUCUCCGCUGAUUGAAAUUCAUUGCGGGCACAGUCAAAAUUUCCGAAGGAAAACUUCUCAAACACUUGAAUGCGAGGCCAUGCGUGUGAAAAUCUAUUGUUCAAGUCAACGUGGCUGCCGCUUGAACAAUGCCUAAUGAGAAUUGUCAAAGAAAACUUGCUAAUCGUCGACACGAUAUAUAAGAGUUGUCAAAGAUACUUGUCAAGGAAAACUUGCUCGUGUAAUAGCCAUUCAGAGGUUCAAGGAAAAACUAGGGUCGAGUUAUCGUUGUAGUGCAUUGUGGGCUUGUUUUAGAGACAUAUUUCCAAGAUGGCGUCUGUCGGUCCCUAAAACAGCCCCAUGAUGCACUGCAAUGCCAACUCUGUUUUUCUCUUAAACUCGAAAUGACUAUUACGCAGCUUUAUAGUACCAAAAGAGUGAAGAACAGUUUCAUCUAUUAUUGUAAUAGCAAUUAGAAUGUACAAUAGCAAUUAGAACAUAUAUGUAGCAAUAUUGGUUAGAAAUCUUAUCCAUUUAUCUUAUUUACAAAAAAAUGUAAACUUAUAUUCUCUUAAACUCGAAAUGGCUAUUACGCAGCUUUAUAUUAACAAAAGAGUGAAGAACAGUUUCAUGUAUUGUAAUAAUAAUUAGACUGUACAAUAGUAAUUAGAACAUAUAUUGAUUAGCA